UUGUUUUUAUCACCAGUUCAAAAUGUCGACCUUUGGUUCCAGACGUGCGAUCUGUGUUAUUUUUGUUGCUAUUAUUUCAAUUUUUGCCCAAGACUCGUAUGUGAUACCUGCUGUAAGAAUACAAGCGUUUAAGCCGAGCGGCGUGCGAAUUUCUAUUCCGGAUGUUCCCGGCAUAACAUUAUUUUCCUUCAACGGCAAUAUCAACAAGGGCAUAUCUACCUUGGAGUUAGGACAACUGCGGUCGGAGGUGACAACACCUGUCAAAGGAAAGUGGACCUUCGUAGACCCAACUAUAAGGUUGAAUGUCGGUGACGUUGUGUAUUAUUACGUGUUAGUGGAGACUGGACUGAUUGAAGGCACUAUUUUCGUAUCUGGACACUAUUCUGGGAUUUUGAGGCACAGGAUUGAGCACUUAGAAGACACAUCACCGGAAAUAACCACCGAAGCAGUAGCAGGCUGUAAACCUUCCCCCACUGAAGUGUACCAGGGAUCUGAACAGAUAUGUUCAGGUCAAGUUUUAUUGGAAGAUCGAUUCUCAACUCUUAAUGACAACGUGUGGCAGAUUGAGCAUUUGAUACCCAUUGACAAUCCUGAAUAUCCAUUUGUGUCAUACCAACGAAGCUCAGUGAGCAUACAGAACAGAUACCUGACGAUACAAGCGAAACUCCAAGAAAAUGAGCCAGGCUUUAGUAAUGAUACCAUAUAUUGUGGUUCCUUGGACCUUUCGGACGGAUGCACUGAACCUCAAUGUUCCAAGAUGGCGUCGGGUGCAGACAUCUUGCCCCCAGUCGUGUCAGGCCGCCUAACCAGUAAGGGAUUCGCGUUCAAAUAUGGAACAGUGCACGUUCGGGCCAAACUGCCUAUUGGUGAUUGGGUGUAUCCAGAAAUAAUGUUAGAACCAGUGACAAAGAAAUAUGGCGGCAUGAACUACGCUUCAGGUGUUCUGAAGGUUGCUGGAGCGAGAGGAAACGAGAACCUGGUGGCUGGCGACAAAGAUUAUAGCAAUAAAGUGCUCUAUGGUGGACCCAUUAUGAGUCAGGAAUGUCGUGAUCAAAUAAUACAGGAAUACACACAAACAGAGGGCAAAUUGUGGGGGAAUGACUUCCACAUCUACUCCCUCAGAUGGACCCCAGAUUACAUUUCCUUGUCAGUGGAUGGGAAGGAGUGGAGCCAUAUAGACUCUGGUACAAAAAAACUGCGUGCUAAGUUUGCGUCACAUUGCAAAGUAAACAUUCCAGGCAACAGUACCAAGAUGGCGCCGUUCGAUGAUUUCUUCUACAUAACACUAGGGUUGUCAAUCGGCGGCGUAACAGAAUUUAGAGACGAUGUGAAAACAAAGGACGGCUAUCCUAAACCCUGGAAGAAUUCCAGUAGAAAGGCCAUGCUGAACUUCUGGCGAGAUCUGAACUCCUGGUAUACCACUUGGAAACAACCUAAGAUGAUUGUGGACUAUGUGAGGGUUAUAGCCCUAUGAACAUAAUGUUUCCCAAAGCUCCACCCGCGGCUAAAUGUUAUAGUGUGCGUUUGUCAUACAAAAUGUCGACCAUUUGUUGUUUCGAAAUGUAGAAAUUUGAAAGUCUUAUGUUGGAUUCGGGUCUUUAUCUAUAUACGCGUGACAAAAAUCCAACUCGGUUCGUAAGCGUGACAACAAGACAGAUAUUUGCAUACAUAUACUUAUUUAAUAUUAUUAACAAUGGGAUGGACUAGGCAUUUUCCAAUUUCUAUCAUCCCAUCUCUUUUUUGAUCACUUCCCCAGUCCCAGUGACCGCUUUCCCACUUUCUUAUCCACUUGGCACGAUAUCUUGCAAAAAUGACUUCCAUUUCGGGUUUCGUAUGUCAUAAAAGUUAAAUAAGAUUUGUGUACAUUUUUUUUAUUGGAAGCUGUGGUCUUAGUGCGCCUGUACUUUUUUGUAACGAGUAUAAGAAUGAGUAGGUAUAAGACCUAUAUUUGUUAAUUGACGUCCUUGGAGAAAAGGCUGCGGUGAAGUUUGUUGCGCCGCUUCUUCUUCAUCUGCAAUUUGGACAGUCGGCAGUAGACUUAGUUUUUUUUUUGACGUCAAUAAGUGAUGUAUCAUCCUGAAUUGAAUAACUAAUUUUGAAUUUGAGUACGUCUGUUAGAUUUAAAUGAUAUUUUAAUAAAAUAACAAAAAGGAUUCAAUAAAAUACUUUUGUAAUA